AGAGCAGGGCUGGGGCAGAGAGCUGCACUCACAGCCAGCGCACUGAAUCCUAGAUUCCUGGCUCUGGGCUUGCCUUCCAGGCUGAAAGGCAGAGCAGCCUGGCCCUGUUCUAAUUAUUUAUUUUUACCUCUACGUUCCACCAUAAAGAAGUUUUCUUUCUCGUCUUCAUUUCUUUUGAAACACCCGGGGUGAGAAAAAAAACCUCUGCAUUGGCCAAACGGAAGAAACAGAAUCUGUGACUGAAGAGGAUCGGCUAAGAGUGGUUCCUUGCAGCUUAAAGGGAGGGACUUUUCACACUCUGUCUUAAAAUCAGAAGUUGAAUUUGUGAACACGUAUGAUUUAGAUAGAAGUCAUGGGAUGCAACACUUCUUCAACGAGAAUCAAGAAUUCUCAGACAUCACUAAGAGCUGUUUUGAUCAUCCAGAACUGGUACCGUGGUUACAAAGCUCGACUGAAGGCCAGGCAACAGUAUGCGCUCACCAUCUUCCAGUCCAUCGAAUAUGCUGACGAACAAGACCAAAUACAGUUAUGCAACUUCUUUUCCUUCAUGUUGGAAAACUACACACAUAUACGUAAGGAAGAGAUAGAAUUAAGUCAACUUACUGAAAGCAAACAGGACAUGAGGGAUAAACAGGAUUAUAUACACUUGAUAGAUGUCCCAGACUCCUAUCAAGGUCCUCGGCUACAAUUUCCUCUCACUUGUGCUGAUAUUGAUUUACUUCUUGAGGCCUUUAAGGGAAAACAGAUACUUCAUGCCCGUUAUGUCUUAGAGGUGCUAUUUGAAACCCAGAAACUCCUGAAGCAAAUGCCAAAUUUCACUCAAAUACAAACUUCUCCCUCCAAAGAGGUAACAGUCUGCGGUGAUUUGCAUGGGAAACUGGAUGAUCUUUUUUUGAUCUUCUACAAGAAUGGUCUCCCCUCAGGGAGCAACCCAUAUGUUUUUAAUGGUGACUUUGUAGAUCGAGGAAGGAAUUCCAUAGAGGUCCUAAUGAUCCUGUGUGUGAGUUUUCUUGUCUACCCCAAUGACCUGCACUUGAACAGAGGGAACCAUGAAGAUUAUAUGAUGAAUCUGAGGUAUGGCUUCACAAAAGAAAUUUUGCAUAAAUAUAAGGUACAUGGAAAAAAAAUCUUACAAACCUUGGAAGAACUCUAUACCUGGCUCCCAAUUGGUACCAUCAUUGACAAUGAAAUUCUGGUCGUACAUGGUGGGAUAUCAGAGACCACAGACUUGAAUUUACUCCACCGUGUAGAGAGAAACAAAAUGAAAUCUGUGCUGAUGCCACCAAAAGAAAUAAACAAAGACUGUAACAACGACUCGAAGCCCAGUAAAGUAGGCGUGACUAUCAGUGCACAUGGGAGAAUUAAAGCAAGUGGAUGUCCUUCUGAACACUUACCAAAGCAUGAAUGGGAACAGGUUGUUGAUAUUCUGUGGAGUGAUCCCAGAGGCAAAAAAGGCUGUUUUCCAAAUACGGGUCGAGGAGGGGGCUGCUAUUUUGGACCAGAUAUUACUUCCAAGAUUCUUAAUAAAUUCCAGUUGAAGAUGAUCAUCAGGUCUCAUGAAUGUAAGCCCGAAGGAUAUGAAAUCUGUCAUGGUGGGAAGGUUGUGACUAUAUUUUCUGCUUCUAAUUAUUACGAAGAAGACAGCAAUCGAGGAGCUUACGUCAAACUAUGUUCUGGUGCAAAUCCUCGAUUUUUCCAGUACCAAGUAACUGAUGCAACGUGCUUUCAACCUCUUCACCAAAGAGUGAGUACUAUGGAAAACAGUGCCAUCAAGAUAUUAAGAGAGAGAAUGAUUUCACGAAAAACUGACCUCAUUCAUGCUUUCCAACAUCAAGACCGCAGAAAAUCAGGAAAACUUCCUGUGAGCCAGUGGGCUUUUUGCAUGGAGAGCAUUUUGGGACUGCACUUACCAUGGAGAUCCCUGAGUUCGAAUCUGGCAACCAUAGACGAAAAUGGAAACAUUGAAUACAUGUCCAGCUUCCGGAAUAUCCACAUUGAAAAACCUAUAAAAGAGGCUAAUUCAGCUCUCGUUGAAAUUCUGUACAGAUACCGAUCUGACCUGGAAAUCAUAUUUAAUGCCAUUGACACUGAUCACUCAGGGCUGAUCUCCAUGGAAGAAUUUCGUACCAUGUGGAAACUUUUUAGUUCUCACUACAAUCUUCAUAUUGAUGAUUCCCAAGUCAAUAAGAUUGCCAACAUAAUGGACCUGAACAGAGACGGAAGCAUUGACUUUACUGAGUUUUUAAAGGCUUUCUAUGUAGUGCAUAAAUAUGAGGCUAUGAUAAAACCCGAGGCCACCAACCUUGGCUGAACAACACAAAUGAGAGCUUCCCUCAGGCCCCUUGUAAACAGCUGGGCCGAAAUCACAAGCACAGUCCUUUCCAGCACCCCUGAAAUUCAUGGUUGGUAGCAGAGAAAAACAGAUCCCAAUUCAGUCCACAAGCAAAUGCAUAGUAUGGGGUUUGGAAGUCCUUAGCAAGCUGUUAUUGGUAAGAUUAGGUUAAAUGUCAGUAAUAGGAUUUGGUUCCAGCAUUAGUACCCACAUGUUGCCAGUGAGAAACUGGGUUUGAACCUAGUGUUGUUCUCCUGAGUGCCACCUAACCAGCAGCCCAGAGAGGUUUGAGAACAUCUUGAAAGGAACCUGCACUGCACAGCAAGAGAAAACUACUAAGCGCAACAUCUGUGAGUUACAGAGAGAGGGGAGGAAUACCAGGUCGUUAAUGGAAUAAAGCAUUUCCAUCUUCAAACUGU